ACUCCCUAAAGGCAGGGAAGAUUAAUUGUGAAAUAGCUAGGUCAACUUAAUAUAGAAAUCAUCAUGAUUUGUAUCGUAGGACCCCAGCGUAUCCCAAGGGUGCCGUAAGGGACAACUAAUGGAUGCGUGCCAGAGUAAUGGACUUAGAAAACAAUAUAGCGACAAGAACACUGUCUGUACUAUGAUUAUAGUUCUUUGUAUUUACUUUAGCAGAGUAAUGUUCCGAAUCGUACCUACAGUAUUUGUAUUAUUUGCAUGUAUGUAUAGGUAUAGGUAUAAGUAAGUUGGAAAAUAUCAAUUUAUCCAUUGAGUGUUUUACUAUUAUCCAAUUUUAUUACAACACUUUAGUCGACGGUAGUACUUUCGUAUUAUCAUAUUUCACAGUUCUCUAUUCAGUGUUCGACGCAAUAGAAGUUUCUUCGAAAAUGAAAAUAAUUUCUGAGGCAACCAUCAAAGACUAUUCAAAAACUGUGGGAGUCAGGAAUAAAAUCGACAAAACCAUGACACUGCCCCUUUUUAUCCAAGCAAUUCUCGGGCACAACAUCUUAGAUCCCACUUGGGCUUGGCGACGCAGAAUCUCACAUCACAUAUUUGUAGUAUUCUUACUCGCUUACGUUUUACUCGGCACCAGAGAUUAUUUAAAAGAUGCAACCGAUGUACCAGAAAUAGGAGAAGCAUACUACACGAUACUAAUAACAUCACUAUUCCCGAUGAAAUACUUGCUUUUCGUGAACAGUAGAGGAACGUUUCGACAUCUCUAUUUAAUGGCCAAGACUUCGCUAUUCGAAAUAGUAGAAAUGGAAUCUACUGCGAAGUCAGUCGAGUUGUUGAGAAAAUUGAAGCUGUUUACGAGAUUUCUGCUGGUGAUAGUCUUGUUUCCCGUGAUAAUGUAUUUAAGCGCCGCGAUGUGGUUUUAUGUUCAUGGUGAAAGGGUCACACUGUCAAGGACGACUUCUAUUUUAAUGCCCCUGACUUCCCCAUACCACGAACUUGGUCUGACGCUGCACACGAUGUUCUUUUUUUACAUGUCAUUCACUUUCUUGGUAAUAGACAUGUGGCUAGUUAUUCUCAUGUUUUUCUUUUGCGUGGCUUGCGACAGUUUGGCGACGUUUUUGUAUGUGGAGCCGAAAGAGUCGACCGAAAGUGAUACGGAAUACGCCACACGUCUUAACGACAGUCUUAGGUUGUUUUAUGGUCGUCACAACGUAUUGAUGGAGUAUCUGAAUAUUCUAAGCGAUAUGUACAAAUGGCCAACUGUAGUUCCUUUGAUAAGUGUAUUGCUUGCAUCUGGACUAAUAUUGUUUCUUAUGAGUGAGCAAGUUGAAUGGACAUUCUUGUCCCAUUUAGUGCCAACAUUCAUGGAAAUAUUUGCUUACAAUUGGUUUGGUGAACAAAUUAAAGCAAAGGGAACCUUGCUUAACAUGGCGUUACUAGACUUUGAUUGGCCAAACAUGCACCUAAAAGACAAGAAGAACUACCAUAUUAUCAUCACUUAUAUGGUAAAGGACUUCAGUAUUCAAACGGCCGUAGGAAACGAUCUGUCACUUUGCACAAUGACUGCGGUUCUCAAAGCGAGUUAUCAAGCCUUCGCACUACUCAAGUCAAUGGAAGAGUAGCUUUCUAUCUCUAUUUGUAUUUAAUGGCACACUCACUUAAAUUCCACAAUCUCAAAUGUACUA